UCGAAGUUCAUGUAUUCGUUACAUGAACUUGAGUCAGUUUGACUUGUAAUGCAUGUGUUUGAGGACAAGAUUGAAUAAGGAGAGGGGUUUCAGUGAGUUACUGAAUGCUGUCUGGACUGGACAGUAACAGGGACUCAACACGGAAGUCUAACGCAACGCAGCUGACCGCCCUCAAGAAGCUAAUUCACAAAGCUAGCCAACAAUGUAGCAGGAUGAGUUGUAAUAAAAACUCAUGUAUAUUUUCUGUACAGCUGCAGAAAACCGAAGAAAGAAAGAAUAUCUAAACUCGUUUUCCUGGGUGUGUGUGUUCUUGUCUGGUGUAUGUUUUGAGAAACUUUUCUCACAUUUUAUUCAAACCGCUGCUGCACUGUAACCGAUCAUUUCUCAAGCCGCUGUUUGCUGCUUUGUGCCGCUGCUGCUCUCUGUUCUGGUAAUCAGCAUGGGAAUCAACGUGGCUGUGGGCUGCAUCGUGUCAUACGUCCUUCUAGAUGUUGUCACAACCACUGUCCUGUACGCACAUGGAUCACAGCUGAGCACCUUCGCAGAGGAUGCCCUCAACUUUAACAUCCUUCAGUCUGCACUGGACAUCUGGGGGACAGUGCUGCUCCGAGCCUCCCUCCUGCUGGGAGCCUCUUUAGGGGUGACAUGGAACAAGGUGGACGGCCCGCAGAGGGUUGCUAAAUCCACCAGCCUUAUUCUCCUCAUCUGUCUGAUCAUCAUCACCUAUACACUGGCCAAGCUGCUGAUGCUGACUGAGGUGAAGACUUUGAGCAUCAGUCACCAGCCCUGGCUCUUGAGCCUGAUAUGUUGGACUUGUGCCUCUUCUCUGGGAGUAAUGCUGCUCUGGAGGUGGCUGGGGAAGGAGCCCGACUCUGACAGCAGUCAUAGUGGUGACAGCAGCAGCAGUAGUGGUAGAGGAGCAAGGGGCCAUGAGGACACUGAAAAGCUGGUGGAGACAGUUGGGGAGGAGGAGCAGGAGUUGGGCUCUGAGAGAAAGAAGAAGGAGAAGGCCAGCAGCUCAGGGGCCACACUGGGACGCCUGCUGAGCUACUGCAAAAAGGAUGCUGAGCUGCUCUCUGUUGCUGUCCUCUUCCUCAUCAUCGCUGCUGUGUGUGAGACCUUCAUUCCGUACUACUAUGGGAAAGUCAUAGACAGCAUGGUGGUUCACCAAAGCAUGGAGUACUUUGCCAAACCUGUGAUCAUACUUGCAGUACUCGCCUUAGCUAGUUCACUUGCAAUUGGAGUACGAGAAGGUGUCUUCACCCUGAUGUUUGCGAGAUUAAACAUUCGUCUCAGGAACCAUCUUUUCCGAACCUUGAUGAGGCAAGAAAUUGCCUUUUUUGAUGACAAUCACACAGGUGACAUCCUUUCACGCCUGUCUGCUGACACCACCCAGGUGAGCGACCUCAUCUCCCAGAACGUCAAUGUCUUCCUGGAGAACGUUGUUAAGGGCGUUGGCUUCUUCAUCUUCAUGUGUGGCAUGUCCUGGAAGCUCACGCUGGUGACCAUCAUGGGAUUCCCUUUCAUUGGUCUGAUCUCAAAACUUUAUGGUGAAUACUACAAGAAUCUGGCCAAAAAGGUGCAAACAACCCUCGCAGAGGCCAAUAAAGUUGCAGAAGAAACCAUCUCAGCCAUGAGGACGGUGCGGAGCUUUGCCAACGAGAAUGGAGAGGCCGACUCCUAUUACGCCAAACUCUUAGUCAUGUUCCAGUUCAACAAAAAGCAAGCCCUGGCCUACGCUUGCUACAUGUUUUCCAGUUGUGUCUCACAGCUUGCUCUCGAGCUGGCUAUCCUCUACUAUGGAGGCCACCUUGUGAUUACUAAUCAGAUGAGUAGCGGCGCCUUGGUAUCUUUUUUCCUAUACAUGCUCAAGGUCGGCGAAUGUCUUGAGAGCAUUGCAUCAGUGUACACGGGCCUCAUGCAAGGAGUUGGAGCUGCUGAGAAGGUUUUUGAGUAUCUGGACAGGAAACCCGAGCACCCCUCUGAUGGCACAGAGGCUCCGGAGACAUGCGCCGGUCUGGUUGAAUUUAAAGACGUCACGUUUGCCUACCCGACACGCCCUGAAACUGAUAUUCUCAAGGGGGUGUCAUUCCUCCUGCGUCCCGGAGAAGUGACUGCCCUUGUGGGACCUUCAGGCAGUGGGAAGAGCUCCUGUGUGAGUCUUCUGGAAAAUUUCUACCUUCCUCAGCAAGGCCAGGUGCUGCUGGAUGGAAAGCCUGUUCAAAGCUUUCAGCAUGACUACCUCCACUCCAAGGUGGCUCUUGUAGGUCAAGAGCCUGUGCUGUUUGCCCGCACAGUUGAGGAGAACAUUACCUAUGGCCUGACUGAUGUCCCCAGGGAGGCAGUGCUGCAGGCUGCCACCAAGGCUAAUGCUCAUGAUUUUAUUACCACUCUUCCUAAAGGCUAUGAAACAAGUGUUGGCGAGAAGGGCACACAGUUGUCAGGGGGACAGAAACAAAGGGUUGCCAUUGCAAGAGCUCUCAUCCGCAACCCUCGUGUUCUUGUCCUGGAUGAGGCCACUAGCGCUCUGGAUGCAGAAAGUGAACACAUUGUUCAGCAGGCUCUGAACAAUAUCCUGCGGGACCACACCGUGUUGGUGAUCGCCCAUCGGCUCAGCACAGUGGAGAAGGCAGACAACAUUAUUGUAAUUGACAGGGGCCACGUGGCAGAACAGGGAUCUCACAGUGAGCUGAUGGCCAGCGGCGGACUCUACUCUAAGCUGGUUCAGAGGCAGGUCCUGGGCAUCGAGACCGGGUCGGAGGUCCUACACUCACCACAAAACGCCAGCUGGAAGUCAGGUGGAGGACAGCAGUGGAGAGGACGAAGCAGCAGCAGCAGCCUGAGCGAGUCUGAGUGUAGUGUGCGUUACUGAGAACGACCUGCAGUGUGGAUGUGGCACUGGACUGUAAUUAAGUUAAGUUCCCUUGUGCCAUUAGCUAUGAAGAGCUGUCCACUCAGCUUUUCUCUAGUCUUUGCACAUCCACAUUACCAAUGAGCACUUGCUACCCAGUUCUGCUGGUAGCCAUACAUACACAUGUUUGACAAAUGAUGUGGUAUGCUUCACAUCUUGAGCUGUUCUGUUCCUUCUCCAUAAUUUUCUCUUCCUCUUAUUCUGUUUUUCAUAACCAUUGAAAGAAUUCUGUCAUCAUGCACUUUAAUUGUUUUGCUCUCUCUCUGAUAGGUUAAUUUAGGUUUUGCAGCCUAAUGAUGGCCUCCCUCACUUGCACUGACCUCUCUUUGGGUUCAUAUUUAAAAUAACAGUGAAAAGCUAUAAAAUACAAAUUCAACACUUUAAAUCAAUUUCAGAUAUUAUGUUGGUAAUGAAAUAGCAAGGGAACGGGCCUCAGCUGUCCAUGUUAGUGCUUGUACAGCUACAGGGACAAAAAAACGACAAAAAUUGUAUGUCUCCAACAAAUUAUUGACCUAUCUGUUUCCAAACAUAUAAAACAGGGUUGGGACAAAUAAAACUUGAAUGAAUAGCCUGUUUGGCUAUUAUAUUAGCUUUAACAAUAGGAAAUGCAGGAGAGGCGUUGUUGUAUUUUGUGUUUUAGCUUUUAAUACCUCCUUAUUACACUCCAGCCAUAAUUAGUUUUUUUUUUUUUUAAAAUUCAUCAAUAUUUAGUUCUGCUGUUGUAUUCUUUUCACUGUAGCAGGCAUGGAGAUGCUGGUUUGGUUUUACUGUGUGGAGUAGGUGGUAUUAUUAGUAAAAAGAAAAGACCGGUGCCUUUGUCUGUGGAAUAGUGUGCAAUAAGAAUAUUAUAUGAUUGAAAAUGAAUAGCACUACAGAAACAUACUGCAAUUGUAUUUAACACUGACAAUGAAAAGUAAAUGUGGCUAAAUAAAGUAUUCCUUUAUUUUUGCAGACAUGUUCUUAUAUAUGUAUGUAUAUAUGGCAAGUGAAUAUAUUCCGUAUAUGAUGGUAAAAUCCCUUUUUUAAAUGGCAAUAAUGGAUCAUGAAAUAUGAAUCUUACACCCGCUGUGUCUGUUGUAAUACUGGUAAAAUAUCCCAAAUAAAAUUCUGAAUUAUA